GGCGCGGAGGGCGAUAUGAGUCUGGUGGGGGGCUUCCCCCACCACCCGGUGGUGCACCAUGAGGGCUAUCCGUUCGCCGCCGCCGCCGCCGCCGCCGCUGCCGCCGCCGCCAGCCGCUGCAGCCACGAGGAGAACCCCUACUUCCAUGGCUGGCUCAUCGGUCACCCCGAGAUGUCGCCCCCCGACUAUAGCAUGGCCCUGUCCUACAGCCCUGAGUACGCCAGCGGCGCCGCCGGCCUGGACCACUCCCAUUACGGGGGGGUGCCGCCAGGCGCCGGGCCCCCGGGCCUAGGGGGGCCGCGCCCGGUGAAGCGCCGGGGCACCGCUAACCGCAAGGAGCGGCGCAGGACUCAGAGCAUCAACAGCGCCUUCGCCGAACUGCGCGAGUGUAUCCCCAACGUGCCCGCCGACACCAAACUCUCCAAGAUCAAGACGCUGCGCCUGGCCACCAGCUACAUCGCCUACCUCAUGGACCUGCUGGCCAAGGACGACCAGAACGGCGAGGCGGAGGCCUUCAAGGCGGAGAUCAAGAAGACAGAUGUGAAAGAAGAGAAGAGGAAGAAGGAGCUGAACGAAAUCUUGAAAAGCACAGUGAGCAGCAACGACAAGAAAACCAAAGGCCGGACGGGCUGGCCGCAGCACGUCUGGGCCCUGGAGCUCAAGCAGUGAAGAGGAGGAGGAGGAGGAGAGCGCGAGUGAGCCAGGGCCCAGGAGCCAGAAGCCGACCCAGGACUCUGGGCAAGCUCUCCACACUCUGCUCUGAGGACUUCUUGCAGUUGGAAUCAUCCGGUUUAUUUAUGUGCAAUUUGCCUCCCCUCUCUUUGCCCCCCCUUUGAGGCAUCCGCUCCCCACCCCCCUCCAAAAAAAAAAAAGUGGAUAUUUGAAGAAAAGCAUUCCAUAUUUUAAUAUGAAGAGGACACUCCUGCGUGGUAAGGGAUCCCAGCGUCUCGUAGAUUCUCUGUGUGUGAAUGUUCCCUCAUGGCUGUGUAGGCACCAGCGUUGCCCCCUCCCCACUUACCCAACCCCUUCCAGAUAAAGACAGCAGACAAUUGUGUGUAUGUAAAGUGUAUCUUUAAUACCUGGCCUUUGGAUAUAAAUAUUCCUGGGGAUUAUAAAGUUUUAUUUCAAAGCAGAAAACGGGGCCGCUAACAUUUCCGUUGGGGUCGGUAUCUAGUGCUGUCUUAUCAUCUGUGGUCAUUCCCUAUUUGAAGAUGUUUCCAACAGCUACUUGUUUUGUGCACUUCCGUCCUC